AUGGCAGUGAUCCACGAGCUCCCAGGAAUCAAGGUGACCGUCGAGGUCAACGCCCUCAAAGCCCAAGAAUACGACGACCCGGACGGCGCGGCCGAGGACAAAAACCGCGCAAACGCCCGUCACCGCAGCUUCAGAUGCAUCGAGUCCAAAGACGACGCGCCUUUCUCAGUCAUUUACGAGGUCGACAACUCCGCUGGAUCGCUUCGUGACCACAGCGCCUUGGGCUUCUACCUGUCAAUCGAUGGCGACCACAAGGAUGGCAUCCUCUGGGAACAGUCACGCAACCCUUGCGGCAGCAACGUCUGGCGUCAUGUCGUCAGCGGGGUGCGCAUUGCAUCCUCGCUCCAUGACAUGGACGCUUUAAAGAAGUUCAAGUUUUCCAAAGUAACAACCGUCGACGACGCAGCGAAGGAGCGCGUGGCAAACGACAUUGAGGUUUUCAAGUCGGUAGGCACAAUUCAAGUUCACGUAUACAGCUGCUCUGUACGCCGUCGCGAGGGCAGAAGUACUCAUCGCUCGGCGCGCGAUCGGGAGUUCGAGGUUGCGGAGAAGGCGCUGAAGGGCAAGGCUGUCUCACAUGGGACCGCCUAUUCCGAUGGCGGUCUCAUUCCGCCAAGCAGCACUGUGUCAGUCGACAAUGACCCGAAGGAACCCAUCGGAACGUACAGCUUCAAAUACCGCUCCAAAGACGCCCUCCAGAAGGAGCUGAUCAUUCCCCGGUCUCCAACACCCGAAGGCAUCGACGCUCUCAGUGAGGAGGAGAUUCGCCGACUGGCCGCGGAGCGUCUCGACCACAUCAACGGGCGUCGGUCACCAACUCUGAAGAGAGAGAACAAGGGUCCCUUGAUUAAGCGGGAGUUCGCUGAGUUUUACGACCUUACCGAAGAGCCCGCCAAGCGAGAGUGGAAGAAGGUCAAGAUCGACAACAAUCGUGAGGCUAUUGACCUCACGGACGACUAG